AUGAUUACAGUUGCAAAAUCGUUUGAUGCGCCAAUCAAAUUACUAUUUCCACAAGAUUUGAUUGAAAAUGGUUUAUUUAGUGCAAAUAAAUUUGCCAUGUUAGGUUUAGGUGAUAUUGUUGUGCCAGGUGCAUUUAUUGCUUUAUUAUUACGUUAUGAUAUGACUAGACAAGGAAAAAAUGGUUCAACAUUAUACUUCAAUGUUUCCUUUGUGGCCUAUAUAAUUGCUUUGCUUGUAACAAUUCUCGUGCUCCAAAUAUUCAAACAUGCGCAACCAGCAUUAUUAUACAUUGUUCCAUUAUGUCUAAUCUUUCCGUUGUUAACCGCAUUAUUAAAGAAUGAUAUUAAACUAAUGUUUGCUUAUGAAGAUCAUUCAACCACCGAUGAAAAGACGCCAACAAUCGAAUCAACAAAAAUUACCGGCGGUAUUAAUGUUGCUACGUAUAACUUAAGCAAAGAUACUCUAUUAAAAGUCGUCAAAAAUGAUUCAAAAUCACUUGCAUUCAAUCUUACAGGCAAACGUCAGCUUAAAUUAUCAAACAUAGAGGAUACCUCUCUAGUUCAAAAAUUAGAAAACGCAUUUCAAGAUUUGUUAAAUGAUAAUCUUAUUGCAUCAAAUAUUUCAGGCUGUAGUAGUAGUGAUCAAAAUAUGAGCUCAAAUUCAUUAUCAAUAAAUACAUCAACAUCAUUUGCAUCGUUUGAUUCAAAAAACAAAUCAAAAUUAACCAACGAAAAUGAUAUAAUGUUACCGUCAUAUUCUUCGUUGUCAUCAUCAAUAACAACAAAAACAAACAAAUUAGAUAAGAUGAAAGAAAAUUUUUCAUAUCAAGAUGAAAAUGAUGAAAAUUCACCAGUCAUAAACAAACCAUCACCGUUACAAAAUACCAGUCGUAAAAGAGCGGUAGAGACAUCUUCUACACAACUAGUUAUGUUCAAUAAUAAUGGAAAUACAUCGUUAAAUAGUAAUACGUCUACAAAUAUCAGUAAUAAAAAUAUCAAUAACAAUAAUACUUCACAAUUAUUAAAUAAAGCGGCCGCCGUCAUCACUACUACUUCAAACUCAUUUCGCAAACUUUCAACAUCAAAAACAACCAUAACGACAUCACCGCUUCUUACAAAAUACGUUGAGAACAGUUUUGACGAUUCGCCAAACCGUCGUUACAGUUUUUAUGCAACACGUUCUCCAUCAGUAACAUAUCCUUUAUCAAAACUAUCAUCUACAGUGGAAACAUCAUCGUCAUUAUUAUCAUCUUCAGGUUUAAGAAAAAAAGGAUUGAAAAACAUUGGCAGUACAUGCUAUAUGAAUGCUAUACUUCAAUGCUUAUUGAAUAUCGAUCCAUUUCGAUAUGAUCUCAUGGUAACAAAUCAACAAUUGAUACAAUCAAAAUUAUUAGAAGAUGACACAAUAUAUAUGUGA